ACUUUCAGAGAUUAGUGCUCACGGGUCUUCUGUGCUGCGCAGCAGUUAAAUAAAUUUGAAUACAUCGAGAGCUGCAUAUAUAAAUCGGAGUUGAAAACCAGUGCAAGUUGCAUUGGCCCACAAAUCAAAGCCGCAGUUUCGUGGGGCGUGCAAUGUUCAGGAUCCACCUCAAGAUGGGUCCCCAACGCAACCAGCUCCACAGCAACAACAACAAUGGUGCCGCCGGAAGUAGCAGCAGCACCGGAAACCGUCACCUGAAGGAGUUCACCUGCUGCUUCGGCCUGCAUGUCCACACGGCCACCUUGAUGAUCGGAUUGUGGCACCUGUUCUUGAACAUCUUGGCGCUAAGCGUUCUAGCGGUCAUAUGGCGCAGUCCGGAGAUGAUGGACGAAUUGGAAGGCGGCACGCACGACUACACCGUGGAUCUAAGUGCACCGGCCCUACCCACGCCCCUUAGCAAGGUCGAACCGCCCUACGCCUACCGUGACCACUCCCUCAACUAUCGUAAGCGUUACCAGAACUUCGAUAUGGGCGGACUGGUAUGCACCUGCAUGAUAGCCAUCACGCUGAUGAUGAUCUACGGAACAAUCAAGGGAAAACCCUCCCACCUGUUGCCGUUCUUCUGUCUGCAGUUGUUUGAUUUCGCCAUUACAACCCUUACCGCCGCUGGAUAUCUGUGCUACCUGCAGGCCAUUCACAGAAUCAUUGCCGAGUCGCAUCGCUUGCCCUGGCGCGAGAAGCUGCUGGAACUACCGCCCGAGGAGCUUGUUGUUGUUGUCCUGGUCGCAUUCAUCUGUAUUGUGUUUCUAAAGGCCUAUUGCAUUGGUAUCGUUUGGCGCUGCUACAAGUACUUGACGCUCCGUCAGCAACACGUUCGCACCCUGUUCCCCUUCCUGGAGCCACCGACUGGAGUCCACAGUGUAGGCGGAACCUUUGGUGCCGAAGAGCGGUCUUACUCCACUCUGUUGCCCAAUUACGAUGAAGCGAUUGCCCAGUACUUGAAGCAGGCACCACCGCCAUCUUAUCAGGUGGCCAUGUCAAACUACGAAGAAGGAGAAGACGCAGCUGCUGGAGGUGCGGAGGUUAAUCCUUCGGUAGCCCCACUCUUCGUGGCCCUUGGAGCAGCCACUACCGCUAACGUAGCCUCCAACACGGAUGACAACAUGGAUAAUAACAAUGAUCAACCGAACAACAACAACACUAUGCAUGUCAAUGCCAAUACGCCGCCAAUGCGCCGCAGCGGUGCAGCUGUAAACGCUAAUGUCGACGAGGAAGCUGACGAUUUGGAGGUUAUUGACGCUGGCGUUGAUGUAAUCGGUGGCAUUCCGCCUCCUCCGCCCUACAACGAUGUUGCCGAUGCCCAGGUGCAAGUGCCUUCGCAGUCACCGCUGCAUCGCCAGCCAAACAUCCCGGGACAAGUAUUCGGCGGACGCGACGAAAGCCAGGCUUAAGCUGUACUUUCGACAAGAUUGCUUCUCAUGGCGAGUGGGUUGUGAUCAGCGGUGACCACCCCUCUGCCAUCCUCUUCUUGCCCAGAUGAUCUGGUUUCUGGUCCCUCAUCUCGCAGCUAUCAUUCCCAGGCACACCUCUGCCAUCCUCUUCUUGCCCAGAUGAUCUGGUUUCUGGUCCCUCAUCUCGCAGCUAUCAUUCCCAGGCACACAUACACGGUCUUAAUGGUUGCUUCAAUGUAUUGAACACUGUUUUUAGAAAAACGAAACGCAAACAAGUUUUCGCUAUUAGCCAUCGCUCAUUAUUGUUGUUUAACGUACAACUAAGACGCUCUAGUUGCUGCUUAUUUAGUAAACAAAAGCAUUAAAGCCAAAAACAUAUUGUGAUGCUGGCAAGGAAAGCAUCAAUUCCUUUUCGGCCGCAUCUGACCCGGUCUUAGCUGCAACAAUCUGUUAGAACGUUUUUCAUUUGGCCCGAACUAGACUGAGAAGUUCGGAUAGUGUAGGCCCAAGUAGUUGUUACCAGAGAGUGUCGCUGGCAUUGAGACACCUUUACGAUGUUCUUUGUUUUAAGCUAUCUCGUAAGACUAUGCAUAUUGCAUACCGUGUACUGAAUUCAGAGCACAGGCAGACAUAAUCCAUUAAUUAUGAUGAUAUUACCAGCAACAGUAAAGUUUUAUGUGUGUACAAUA